AUGACUGCUUCUAGAAUUUAUCGAGGUUUGGUUAAUGAGGCUUGGUUGUUGACAUAUUUACAAACUGAGGCUAUCUAUCUUCUUCCUUCUCUUUCUGAUUAUUUUCCUGUUCUUUUGGAUAUUGUUCAUUCUGUUGCUAGGAAAGUGUGGAAGAAGAUAAAAUCUAUUAAGACUGGUCUUAAGAGUUUAAAUACUAAGCAUUUUGCUAAGGUCUCUAACAGGUUAGAAAAGGCUAGGCUUUCCUUGGCUGAGGUUCAAUCUCAACUAACUGAUGAUAUUACUAAUUCUCCUCUUCAAGCUCAAGAAACUGCUGGAAUUGAGAUAGUGAAGUAUCGGAUGAAUACUUAUGAGAGUAUCCUGAAACAGAAAUCUAGAGUGACCUGGAUUAAGCUUAUAGACUCUAAUUCUCAUUAUUAUUUUUAUGUUCUUAAGCAAUGGCAAAAUAGGAAUAGAAUUGAUUCCAUUUACACUAAUAAUGGUGUUUUGCUCAAGGAACCUAAUUUGGUUCAAGCUGAAAUUCUCAGUUUUUAUCAAAAUCUCUUGGGUUCUGCUGCUAGUUCUUUGCCAGCUGUUGAUAUUGCUAUUGUUAGGGCUGGGAACCAGUUGUCUUGUGAUGAUAUUGAUAUUCUUUCCACUCCUGUUUCUCACUCUGAAAUUGAUUCUGCUUUAGCUGGGAUUGGCGAUGACAAAGCUCCUGGUAUAGAUAGGUUCAAUGUUGUCAUUACUACUAGAUUGGCAAAGGUUAUUGGUUCUGUUGUAAAUGAAGCUCAAGCUGGGUUAAUCCCAGGCAAGCAUAUAGGUGAUAAUAUUUUGUUAGCUAUAGAGUUGAUUAAAGGCUAUUCUCACAAGUUUGUCAAUCCUAGAUGUAUGUUGAAAAUAGAUCUUAGGAAAGCCUAUGAAUCUGUUGAAUGGAGGUUUCUAGAGGUUAAGCUUGGGUUGUCUGCAAACCUUGAUAAGAGUGAUGCCUAUUUUGGGGGUGUCUUGGAGCAUGAGAAAACUGAUCUCCAGCAAGUGUUGGGAAUGGCUAAUGGUUCCUUGCCUUUUAAGUACAUUGGUGUUCCUCUUUCUUCUUAA